ACUGGAACACAAAAUGGUACCAAACUUGCCAAAAAACUCUGUUGUAGAGCCUGUCACUGCUAUCACAGCGUUCUGCAUGGAAAACUACCAAAAAUGCAUAGGAGGAAAGGUGGGACGGGGUAUUGGCUAAAUUAUAACAAUAUUCAAUUUGACUAGGAAAUCACAAGUAUUGACUUGCUUGCCUUAAUAGAUAGCAACAAAUCUACAAAUAUUUGCAUUGUAGAUAAACUUCAGGCACUUUAUGGUCAUUUAGUUCUCCGUGUGCCCCCUUGUCACCCAGAAGUAAACACUAUAUAAAUGGCAUGGAUGUUGGCAAAGAACUGGGUGGCUGCAAAGAACAUUACUUUCAAGCAGGAAGAUGUAUGGAGGCUAAUGGAAUAAAACUUUUCCUCCAUUACUGUGUAAGAACGGGUGGCAGUUUGCAGACACAUGGGAGGUGUUGAAAAAACAUAUGUGGAUCAAGAAAAGUGUUCAAAGUGGAAGAAGUGGUUUUCGAGAUACGUGCCAGCAAUACGGGGGGCACUAGCGAUGAUGACGACUUCAGACUAUUCCAUUCUGAAGACAGCAAAUAAAUGGAAGGAGGAAAUUCUGUCAUCUUCAUAUCUAUCAGCACGUUAUUUAAAUGACAUAGGAUUUAAGAAGAAGGUGUAUGUAUUUGGCACAAGUGGCAUAACCAAGGAGUUGGAUAAAGUGGGAAUUCAUCAUACUGAAGUUGGGCCUGAUCCUAUGGUGUGUGAUAUGGGAACACUAGUUAGCUCCAAAACAAAGCUGGAUCCAGAAAUAGGAGCUGUAAUUGUAGGAUUUGAUGAACAGAUCAGCUAUCCCAAAAUACUAAAAGCAGGCUCAUAUCUCAAAAAUCCAGACUGUCUUUUUCUAGCUACAAAUACAGAUCAGCAAUUUCCUUCAAAAAGCAAUAUAGUAAUACCAGGUGCUGGCUGUAUAGUAGCAGCAGUAGAAUGCUGCGCAGGACGUAAACCAAAAGUCAUUGGAAAGCCUGGAGACUACAUCAGAGAUUAUCUUAUCAAGAAGCACAACAUAAAUCCUCAAAGAACGCUAAUGAUUGGUGACAGAGGAAACACAGACAUUCUUCUUGGAACACGCUGUGGCUUCAAAACUUUAAUGGUACUCACAGGAGUGUCAUCCCUAGUGGACAUUGAGCAAUGGGAGAAGUCUGAUGACAAAGAAAUUUUGGGCUGUGUUCCCAAUUAUUAUGUAAACACGCUGGCUGAUGUUGUGCCUCUAUUACCAAAGUAGGCAAUAUGUUCAGUUAUUAAUUUAAAAAAAUGUUAUUAUCAAUAAAUUAAUGUUAAAGCAA